CCUUUACACACUGGUGACACGACGACAAACACGGCGAAAGCGAGGACCAAACAAGACAGACUUCCAGAUCCCACCCAGCCCACACAUAGAAUUUGUUUUCAUCUGCCAGACAGAACAUGAGCAACGCCAUCGAUGAACUGCAAGCCAUCAUCGCCGAGCUGAAGACGGAGGUGGAGGAUCAGCGGGCGGUCAUCCGGCAAAGCCGCGAUCGCAUCGAACACAUGUCCGCCGAGGUGGUAGACUCCAAUCCGUACAGCCGACUAAUGGCCCUGCAACGCAUGAACAUUGUCAAGAACUACGAGCGCAUCCGGGACAAGACGGUUGCCAUUGUGGGCGUCGGAGGUGUGGGCAGCGUCACGGCGGAUAUGCUUACGCGUUGCGGUAUUGGCAAGCUUAUCCUCUUCGACUACGACAAGGUGGAGCUGGCCAACAUGAAUCGGCUGUUCUUCACGCCCGACCAGGCGGGUCUGUCCAAAGUGGAGGCCGCCGCACGCACCCUGACUUUCAUCAAUCCCGAUGUGCGCAUCGAGACGCACAACUAUAACAUCACCACCAUUGAGAAUUUUGACAAUUUUCUGAACACGAUUACUGGUGGCGGUACUGUGGCUGGCCAGCCCGUGGAUCUGGUCCUGAGCUGUGUGGACAACUUUGAGGCCCGCAUGGCCAUUAAUGCGGCCUGCAAUGAGAAGUGCCUCAACUGGUUCGAGUCGGGCGUAUCGGAGAAUGCAGUCUCCGGCCAUAUACAGUUUCUACGUCCCGGGGACACUGCCUGUUUCGCCUGCGCUCCACCGCUGGUGGUGGCCGAGAACAUUGACGAGAAGACUCUAAAGCGGGAGGGUGUGUGUGCUGCCUCUCUGCCCACCACCAUGGGCAUCACAGCUGGUUUCCUGGUGCAGAACGCCCUCAAGUAUUUGCUGAGCUUUGGCGAAGUCUCCGAUUACCUGGGCUACAAUGCACUGAAUGAUUUCUUUCCCAAAAUGACGCUGAAGCCAAAUCCCCAGUGCGAUGAUCAAAACUGUUUGCUGCGACAGCAAGAGUUCAAGGCGAGGCCCAAGCCCGUGGUGGCCCUGGAGGAGGCACCCACCGACGAACCUCUGCACGCCAGCAACGACUGGGGCAUUGAACUGGUGGCGGAAGAUGCUCCCCCUGCCAAUGCUCCUACCGAGCAGUCCAAGAGCACCGAUGUGGGUCAGGGACUGCGUCUGGCCUAUGAGGUACCGGACAAAUCCAGCUCGGUGAUUGCGCUGGCGGCCACGGCGCCGGUGGAUGACACCUCUCUGGAAGAUUUGAUGGCGCAAAUGAAGUCGAUGUAAAGAAAGUUCACUGCAUUCUUGUUAUUUAUAGAUAAUUUUGUACACAAUUUGUAAAUUUGAUAAUAAUAAUAAUAUUAAUGUUUCA